CAGAGGAGCAAGGAGUAUAAAAGGUCAGUGUGAGGGGGGGGAAGUAAGGCCAUGAAGAACUUGGUAUAAUCACACAGGAUAUUUUACUACAUUGCAGCCCUUUCUCAUCAGACAGCAUCUUCCCACAUCAUGGCUGAUUUCGACUUGGUUUUGAAGCACUGGGGUCCAGUGGAAGCUGACUACGAUGCCCAUGGGGGCCUGGUUCUGACCCGUUUAUUUACGGAGCACCCAGAUACCCAGACGCUUUUCCCUAAGUUUAGCGGCAUCGCUCAGGGAGACCUGGCCGGUAACGCAGCUGUCUCUGCUCACGGUGCCACUGUGCUGAAGAAACUUGGCGAACUGCUGAAGGCCAAAGGCAACCACGCUGCCAUCCUCCAGCCUCUGGCCAACACCCAUGCAACCAAGCACAAGAUUCCUAUUAAUAACUUCAAGCUGAUUACUGAGGUUAUCAUUAAAGUCAUGACGGAGAAGGCAGGACUGGACGCUGCAGGGCAGCAGGCCAUGAGGAACGUGAUGACCACUGUCAUCGCUGACAUUGAGGCCAAGUACAAAGAGCUCGGCUUCACUGGCUGAAGAGGUCAGGCCGGUCAUGCAGGGGCAGGAUGACAGACAGGAAACGUUUUCCCUUAUAAGUGCUUUUUUUGAAAAUUAAAAACCUUAGUAUAGACUAAUCUGAUUUUGAUGAAUAUUAACAUAGAGUUGGAGAUCAUAAAGAACACAACUUCACAAAUGAACUCUAAUUGCACAUAUGCUGCAUUAGAUUGUGUUUUUUCUAAUCUAAAUAAACAGCUCAACUGUUUUUACUUCAGUUUAAAGAAAAUCUUGAUCUGAAUUCUAGACAGAACUUUUAACAAGCUGUAAAUCAUUGUCUCAUAUUACCAAUAAAAUUCUCUGUUGCUCUCCCUUG